AUGGGGGCUGCGUGGAGGCAGUUGAAGGUCAUGCUCCGCAAGAACUGCCUCCUCAAGAUUCGUCAUCCCUUCGUCACUGCCGCCGAGGGAGAGUAUUUAGCUUUUGCACCAGAUACUGAUGAGACGAAGCUGUUGAUAGAUGUAGUGUCAAUAAAGUUUCCACUCUUGAAGCUAGUUAGUAGAGUAUACAAAGAUGAGGUAGAGUUGGAAACCUACAUCCGCUCUGAUGCUUAUGGUACCUGCAAUCAAGCCAGGAAUUGUUCAAAUCCCAAAAUUAAAGGGGCAGUUGUGUUUUAUGAACAAGGCCCUCAAUCAUUUGAUUAUAGCAUACGCCUCAAUCACACAUGGGCUUUCUCCGGUUUUCCCGAUGUUACAACAAUAAUGGAUACAAAUGGCCCUUUUCUUAAUGACUUGGAACUUGGUGUUAGUGCUGUACCAACAAUGCAAUACAGCUUUAGUGGGUUUUUGACUUCGAUGCAGAAAAUGGAUGCAAGUAUGCAAGGUGGGUCUAGAGAUUCUGUAUUUUAUAGAGAUGAAUAUGAGGGGCUCCAGCAAAUGGUUGAUUCAUUCAUAAUAUUAAUAGCGCAACAGUCUGACUUAAAUUUUAGUGCUGAAAGUCUAACGCUUCCUCUUCCAGGCUUCCAUGACACUGUUUUCUCUUUGAAAAAUCCAUGGACUCAGUUUAACCCUUCUCACAUUCGAAUAGCUCCAUUUCCCACUCGAGAGUAUACUGAUGAUCAGUUCCAGUCAAUCAUAAAGAAAGUCAUGGGAAUAUUGUACUUGUUGGGGUUUCUCUAUCCAAUUUCUCGCCUAAUCAGUUAUUCUGUGUUUGAGAAGGAACAGAAGAUUAAAGAAGGACUCUAUAUGAUGGGCUUGAAAGAUGGUAUAUUUCAUCUUUCUUGGUUUAUCACAUAUGCAUUGCAGGUUCCCACCUUCAGAAUCUUGAAGAUUAUUGCUUCUUUACUUUCACCUACUGCAUUUGCUUUGGGUUCGAUCAACUUUGCUGAUUAUGAGCGUGCACAUGUUGGACUUCGUUGGAGCAACAUAUGGCGGCCUAAGCCUCUUUUAUUUCAACAUGAAGCAUGGCCAACUAUUGAUGUUUCAGUUUAUGAAUUGCUAUAUUUGAUGGCACUUGAAGAAAAGAGAAAUGUUCAUCCUAAGCCUCUUUUAUUUCAACAUGAAGCAUGGCUAACUAUUGAUGUUUCAGUUUGUGAAUUGCUGUAUUUGAUGGCACUUGAAGAAAAGAUAAAUGUUCAUGUUCUUCCAAAGGAAUAUGGAAAGAGAUCCACAUGGAGCUUUAUUUUCCAAAAGGACUUUUGGAGGAAGAAAAAUGUUGCAAAACAUUGUUCCUCCUGUUCUGAAUUUAAAAUAUCUGGUAAGAAUUCUGAAUCAGAAGAGAAUUUUUCAGGGGAAUAUAGUUCCAAACCUGCCAUAGAAGCAAUAAGCAUAGACAUGAAACAACAGGAGCUUGAUGGCAGGUGCAUUCAAAUCAGGAAUUUACAUAAAGUGUAUGCUACAAAGAAAGGUGAUUGCUGUGCUGUUAACUCAUUACAGCUGACACUGUACGAAAGUCAGAUUCUUGCUCUCCUAGGACAUAAUGGAGCUGGGAAAAGCACGACAAUCUCUAUGCUUGUUGGUCUGCUUCCUCCUACUUCUGGGGAUGCUUUGGUAUUUGGAAAGAACAUUGUAUCCGAUAUUGAUGAGAUACGGAAGGUUUUGGGUGUCUGCCCACAGCAUGAUAUACUCUUUCCUGAAUUAACAGUUAGGGAACAUUUAGAGCUAUUUGCCAUAUUAAAGGGAGUGGAGGAACACUUACUGGACAAUGCUGUUAUUAAUAUGGCUGAUGAGGUGGGCCUGGCUGAUAAAAUCAACAGUAUUGUGAGAACUCUUUCCGGUGGCAUGAAGAGGAAAUUAUCUCUAGGAAUUGCAUUGAUUGGAGACAGUAAGGUUAUAGUCCUUGAUGAACCUACUAGUGGAAUGGAUCCAUACUCAAUGCGCUUGACUUGGCAAUAUUUAUGUAUUGGUGCAACUCUGAAGAAUUCCUGUUCCCUUUUCUUGAAGCAUCAUUAUGGAGUUGGUUAUACUCUAACCCUUGUCAAGCCUGCUCCUACUGCUUCUAUAGCCAGUGAUAUAGUAUACCGUCAUGUUCCAUCUGCAACAUGUGUAAGCGAGGUUGGAACGGAGAUUUCUUUCAGGCUACCAAUGACAUCCUCAUCAGCCUUUGAGAGGAUGUUUAGGGAAAUUGAAGGUUGCAUGAAAAAACCAGGUUUAAACGUGGAAUUGAGUGGCACUGGGGACAAAGACAGUUUUGGUAUUGAAAGCUAUGGUAUAUCAGUAACAACCCUGGAGGAGGUAUUUCUUAGAGUUGCAGGAUGUGACGAUGACGAAGUUGAAUGCUUUGAAGAAAAUAACCAUUCCCUUAUAUCAGACUCUGUGGCUUCUCUCAAGCCACAUCCUGAUCAGCAAUCACUGACACUUUCAACUUCUCACUUUAAUCCUCUAUUGAGUGGCGGGGGUGGGGGAGGUCCAAUUCCAUUUAAUCUAUCUUUGCCAAUUGCUGAAAAGGUAGCGCAAAAUGUCAUAGGAGGGUGGAUUCAAAGGUUCAAGUCAAGCUCGUACAGAUUCCCUAAUUCAGAAAAAGCAUUAGCUGAUGCAGUGGAAGCAGCAGGGCCAACUCUGGGACCUGCUCUACUUUCAAUGAGUGAAUAUUUGAUGUCUAGCUUUAAUGAAUCCUACCAAUCUAGGUAUGGGGCAAUUGUGAUGGAUGAUCAAAGUAAUGAUGGAAGCUUAGGAUACACUGUAUUACACAAUAGUUCUUGUCAACAUGCUGCUCCCACCUUUAUCAAUUUGAUGAAUUCUGCUAUUCUUAGGCUUGCAACUCGAGACACAAAUAUGACAAUUCAAACACGCAACCACCCUCUACCAACGACACAAAGCCAGCGCUUACAACGUCAUGACCUGGAUGCCUUUUCUGCUGCAGUUAUUGUCAACAUUGCUUUCUCUUUUAUACCCGCCUCAUUUGCUGUUUCAAUUGUUAAGGAACGUGAAGUGAAAGCUAAGCAGCAACAACUAAUCAGUGGGUUCUGUGCUAUUUUGGGGAAGAAUGUUGGGAUUCACUCCCAUUUUCAUUCAGUCAUAUCAGAAACACCAAUCCCCUCCUGCACUUAUGUGCCCUUCCCGCUCAGAGGGACCCCAAACCUGAAGGCCCAUUUUUCUCUGGAACUUGUGUAA